AUGAUUAUUAUUAAACGAUUGUUGCAUAUCAAAACCGUUCCCAAAUCGUACGGGAAUCAAUUAUCUAAAUUCAAAUAUUCCAAACAAAUUCCUACUCAUGAAGUAUUGACAAAGUUAGGAUAUAUCACUUAUCCACGAGCAGGAUUAGUCAAUUGGUCAAAAAUGGGAUUAUUAAUUCAAAAUAAGAUUAAUCAAAUAAUUAGACAAAGAAUGGAUGAAAUAAAUUUUGAAGAAAUCAGUUUGUCAUUAAUUAGUCAUAAAGAUUUAUGGAAAUUAACUAAUCGAUGGGAUCAAGAAGAAAUUUUUAAACUUGUCGGUGAUGAAUAUUUAUUAGUCCCUACAGCUGAAGAAGAAAUCACAAAUUAUGUUAAAAAACAAUUUUUAGAAAGUUAUAAGAAUUUCCCCGUGGGAUUAUAUCAAAUCAAUCCCAAAUUUAGAAAUGAAAAAAGACCCAGAGGUGGAUUAUUGCGAGGGAAAGAGUUCUUAAUGAAAGAUGCAUAUUCAUUUGAUUUGAAUGAAUCCGAGGCCAUGAAGACUUAUGAGAAAGUAGUAGGUGCAUACCACAAGAUAUUCCAAGAUUUAGGUAUUCCCUAUGUUAAAGCUGAGGCUGAUUCAGGAGAUAUUGGUGGAAGUUUAAGCCAUGAAUGGCAUUAUUUGAACUCAUCAGGAGAAGAUACAGUUUUUGAAUGUAAUGAAUGUCAUAAUGUGUCAAAUAUGGAAAAGGCUUUAUCGUAUCCCAAAGAAAUAGAUGAAACUAUUGAUGUUUCCGUAAAGUAUUUUACCACAGAAGAUAAGUCAACGUUGAUUUGUGCAUAUUAUCCAUCAAAUAGAGUCUUGGAACCAAAGUUUAUACAGAAUGAAGUUCCUGAUAUCGAUUUAGAGUCAAUUAAUGACUUGAGUGAAUUCAAUCAUGAUAUAUCUACACGUAUUGUUAGAAUUAUGGAUAGUCGAUUGUCAUCAAGAUCAAAUUUCCCUGAUUUCCCAAUCAGUAAUUUUAUUAAUCGAUCAUUAAUAACUACAUUAACUGAUAUACCUAUUGUAUUAGCACAAGAGGGGGAAAUUUGUGCACAUUGUGAAGAUGGAACAUUAUCUGCCAGCAGUGCUAUUGAAGUUGGGCAUACAUUUUAUUUGGGUGAUAAAUAUUCCAAGCCUUUAGAUUUAGAAGUCGACGUCCCCACUUUGAACAACAAUAUUGAAAAACAAAGAAUCAUGAUGGGGUGUUAUGGUAUUGGUAUAAGUAGAAUAAUUGCUGCCAUUGCCGAAAUUAAUCGCGAUGAAAAAGGAUUGAAAUGGCCACGAAGUAUAGCUCCAUGGGAAGUCACAAUUGUUGAAGUUUCCCAACAGAAACAAUCAACGAAUGACAACGACAAUCCACAAGAAAAUUUUAAAGAAGUUUAUAAUAUAUUAAAUGAAGCCAAUAUUGAUUAUCGUCUUGAUAAUCGAUCGGACUCAAUGGGGAAAAAAUUGAAGCAAUCUAAUUUGAUAGGAAUACCAUUGUCAAUAAUAUUAGGCAAUCAAUAUCCAAUUAUAGAAAUUGAAGUAAGAGGUGAUAAAAAGAAUAACCGUUGGUUGCAAAGUUAUACCAAAAAUAAAGACCAGUUGCAUUGGAAAGUAGAAACUGAUGCUAAAGGUAACGACAAAAAACACUAUGUUCACAAAGAUGGGUUGAUUACCGUUGUAAAUAGUUUAUUAAAUGACAUGUAA